UGUUCUUAUCUUCAUCCUUCUUCUCAAUUCAAUAAUACAAGUAUACUCUCACAGUUAAACUUCACUUCACCAUGCUUAAAGGUCUUUUGCUCACCGUUCUAGCAACGGGACUUCUCGUCCAGGCAACUCCAGUUCCAAUGCCAGCACCAACCGGAGUACCAACCACAGCUACUGCUAAUACCGAACUUGCUGGUCUGACUGUGGCUGCGGCCGGAAGUCAAGAUGGCUAUGCGAGAGACUUGUUCCCUACUUGGAACACUAUCUCCGGCACUUGCAAUACACGUGAGACCGUUUUGAAGCGCGAUGGUACAAAUGUCGUCGUUAAUAGCGCCUGUACUGCGACAUCGGGAACCUGGGUAUCUCCAUACGAUGGUGCAACCUGGACCGCCGCCUCCGAUCUCGAUAUUGAUCAUCUUGUUCCCUUGAGCAACGCUUGGAAAUCAGGUGCUUCUGCAUGGACUACCGCUCAACGCCAGGCUUUUGCCAAUGAUCUUGUCAACCCGCAAUUGUUGGCUGUUACCGACAAUGUCAAUGAGAGUAAGGGAGACCGUGGACCGGAGGAGUUCAAGCCUUCUUUGACUUCAUACUGGUGCACAUAUGCAAAGAUGUGGAUCAAGGUUAAAUCCGUCUAUAAACUUACGGUUACAAGCGCUGAGAAGGCGGCAUUGGUUACUAUGAUGGCUACUUGUUAGAUGGCUGGCAUAUUUUCGGUUAAAUGAAGAGCUAAAUGUAUAUAUGUGGACGAGCUUGAGGACGAGCUCGAGAUGAUUUACGAUGGAAUGAAGUGAAAGUAGCAAGGCAGAAUCUAAGGAAUUGAAGUUGCAGUGGGAGGGAGCGGAAGUGAAACGAUUUAAGAGGCCGAUGGCUGAGGAGUUAUGGUGUUCAUGUUCAAUUUAUUUUAACGCAGAGGUCUCACUGAGAGAAGACGUGAGGAGUGGAAAAUUACACAGGAUUUACAGAAAUCGUAACAAUUUGACCUAGAAAUUGUGGUCCAAUGACUGAUUGG